AUGGGUGACGGUUACAAGGGUUGUUCACCCAGGAGCCACACCGGAGCAACAGCCCCCGUAGCGAGCCUUAGCGAGCGGAGGUGGCUCUCGUCAAUUGCGCCAGCUUCUGGCAACUUUUCAGCUCAUUUCCAGCAGAUGGCGGGCGUGGGAGCUGCAGACGCGCCCGGUAGAAGUGGCGAUAGUGGCAACCGCGGCAACGGGGCUGGCGACACCAUUGCUGGCCCCAGCACCAUGAUUUGCUUUAGAUGCAAUACCCGAAGGCCUGUUAGCAUGUUCUACGCUCAGCUACGGGCAAAGCCUUCUUCGUCUUCGUCGUCACCGUCUCUCUCCCAGCUUGAUUCAUCGCGCCCCGCUCCCACGACACCGGGAGCCGGUGGCCCGCCGCUCGUCACACCGGAGGUGCGGCAGGGUCACUCUAGUGGGAGCUUCUUGCCGUCGGGCCGGUCAUCGGUCCACUCGUCUCAAUAUGACGGUGACGACGUCCCCAACAACUUCUCCUCAAGCCAGCUUCCCUCCAGCCUCAUCCCCGCCUCCCAGUUGCCUCCACGCCCUGCGAGAGGACGCCCGCUUUCAGUGCGGCCUAUACCUGCUCGCGAUCUCACAGCACCCGAUCCUCCAUUUGAGCCGGGGGUGACGCCGCUGGAUACAAUUGCGGUAACUUCGGAGGAUGCCCGGCUUAUCAAAUCCUUUCACCAGCAGCUUACGGACGACAAGAUGGAGCUUUGCGGCCGGUGUCAGCACCGCUGGUUUGACAUGAAGCUACGGGACUUUAAUGGUGUUGCUGUCUGCCACACGUGCCAGCGUCGCGACUUCCCCUACCUCCGUGAGCAAGCCGACCAGCCUCCCCUUCCCUAUUUCUACUCAGCCGCCAACAAUCUUGACUUCGGAGACGUCCCUCCUCAGCUGGCAAGACUAGGUGAGCUCACCCCGGUUGAGGAAAUGCUUAUCGCGAGCGUCCAUGUCCAUAUUCAGGUCCUGACGGUGCGCGGUGCGCAAUACAAGUAUCGCGGUCACGUCGUGCAUUUCUUGCGGGACGUGGGCAAGGUCUAUGGCCAGCUACCAUGCCUUGCGCGGGAUCUUGACGUUAUCAUCUUACGGCCUGCCAACACCGCAAACCACCCGCAUCUCCAGCGCCAGUUCCGUCGUCAAUUUGUUGUGCGCCGCAAGGUCGUCACCGCGUGGCUGCUUUUCUUGCGCGCCCACCACCCCGGCUAUCGAGAUAUUGAGGUGGACCAAGCUGCCUUGCAAGCCCUCCCGGAGCGCGGCGAUCUCAUGGACCAGCUUCCCAUCCAUGAAGUUGAGGAUGCUGCUGUCAGCCUCGAGGAUGCUGUUGAAGAUGUUGACUUUGAUGACCAGGAGGCGGCUGCUGUACCGAAUAUGGUCGUCAGCGAGCGAGAACUUGAUAUGUUGCGCGCUGAGCUUGCUGGUGAGCCUCAUGUCCACAAUCCCAUGGAAUUUCAACCCCGGCGGCAAUCUCCACCUCCAGAUGAAGCACCACCAGCUCAGGACCAUAUCGUCGUCCCCGAGAUUCGCAGCACUCCCCUCAGCGAAUUCAAUCGCUCCCAAGCUCUUCUCUCUCUUGCCUUCCCCUCACUUUACCCGGAAGGAAAAGCUGAAUUUGUGCUCCCGCGGCAGCGCAGUAUCGAAUAUGGCGACUAUCUACAGCAUGCACUGAAAUGGCGCGACGGGCGCUUCGCGCGCCACCCCCGAUUUCGCUUCGUCGCCUUCAAUACUCGGAUGAGGCGUCAGAUCAGCGCCAGAAGCGCGUUUUUCGUGAAGCGUCAUGAGCAGCUCAACCCCGAGCCAGUCAAUAUCGACACUUUGAAGGAGGCGCUCCGCAAUGAGACCCCUGACGGCAAACGGCUUCUUGACUCCAUCGUGCGAUGGACGGGCAGUAUCCGCGGCACCAAAGCUUACUGGGGUGUCAAGCUUCAGGAGCUGCUCGCCAUGGCCUUCGCGCUCAAAUGCCCCAGUGCUUUCAUUACUUUCAGUGCUGCAGAUAACCACUGGCAAAGCCUUCAUCAACACAUGCCGCGCUUUGAGGAGUGGCUGGCUGCUGAAGAGCUCCAGCGGAUGCGCAUCUCUGUCGCCAAUUUGCGCGAUAAUCCCCAUAUCGCAGCCUACCACUUUCACCGCCGCCUGCAACUGUUCACCACGCUCGUCAUGAAGCAGAAGUUCAAUCUCACUGAACUAUGGCAACGGUACGAGUGGCAGGGCCGUGGCAGUCCCCACAGCCAUGGCCUAUACUGGUUCCUUGAAGCACCGCUCCCUGAGGUGACUUCAGAGGCAGCCCGCCAGCAGUUCGCUGAGUUUUGGGGCAUUCACGUCCACGCCGUCAACCCGGAGGCUGGGCGGCAGAUGCCGCCGGGCGAAAGCAACCCGCUACGCGCCAUUCCCACUGUUGACAGUGAGCUAAGCUUCGCUCAGCUGUCCAAGGUUGUCAACCGCAUGUACGACGGUGCCCGCAAUGACGCUAUUCUCAACAGCUUCAACCCGGCCGUCAUCAUCGCGUGGCUGGCAAACAUCGAUUUCUCUCCCUGCACGUCUCUCUCUGCUGUCGUCAACUACGUCGCCAAAUACGCUGCCAAGGGCGAAGAGGCGACGGUCUCAUACAGAGAGAUGGCCAGCAAGAUUCUCCCACACGUCUCUCAUCGCACGCCUAUGCUUUCUUUCGUCAGCAAGAUGAUGAAUAAGAUAGCCGCGGAGCGAGAUUACUCAGCCCAGGAGAUCGCUCACCAUCUCCUUGAGCUUCAACUCGUCCACUGCAGCCGUCAGAUUCUCAAGGUGGACUGCCGAAGCCCUGAGGCGCAACGUCAGUACAUCAUCCAUGACGAGACGGUCCAGGAGACGCUCUCCAUUUACACUAAAUAUCUGGGCCGAGAGGACACCGAGGAUUGGGGUGGGAUCAGCUACUUCCAAUUCCUGACGAAGGUGAACUUCUCCAAGAAGCCAUGGCGGCACUGGCAAGCACCAGCAAAAGACCGGGUGCUGCGGUACUUUCCCAAAUACAAGCAAGAAACUCAAAGAGACGACUUUUGCCGUAUGAAGCUGACGUUGCACCACCCCCACCGUCACCACGACGAGCUCAAGAUUGUAGAUGGUGUCCCGUUUGCUAGCUACUCUGCCGCCUACCGCUACUGCUUGGAGAACCACAGCCACGAAGACGACUAUUACGGCGUCAUGGCUGACGGUCACGAAGAGGAGUUUCAGGAGGCGUCAGAUGAGGACGAGGAGCCACCAGACGCGGCCAAUCCCAUCCCCUGGGACGAGUUGGCGCGUGAGCUCCCGCGACGGGGUCCGGAGACGGAGGAUAUCGAACUCCUGGGCAACCGUCCGCAGGAUCUUACAAAAGAUUGGGGCAGCCACGUUGGCACCCGCCCAUACUGGCUCAGCAACCAGCUUUGGAAGGAGACCAAGCUCGCCCAUCCCCUUGGCUUUGACGUCGGUGACUUCCCUGACGGUGCGGAGGACACCUUGAGCCCCCACCAGCGCCUCAUCUACGACAUGGUGAUGACCCACGACCAGCAGACUGUUGAUGGUUUGCACCCUCCACCGCUCAGGCUCAAUAUUGACGGCAGAGGCGGCUCAGGCAAGUCUUACGCUAUCAAGCUAAUAUCCGCUCAUCUGUACAAGCGGGCGGUGCAGCAAGCGCGCCCUGAUGCUGAGAAUAUCGUCAUUCGGUCAGCACCAACGGGCGUAGCUGCCAACGGGAUCCAGGGGACCACGCUUCACUCACUGCUCCGCCUCCCCGUCGGUAUCGUCGCCUUCGAGCCACUGAGCCCUCCAGACGUGGCUGCCGCGCAAGCUCGCCUCCAGUCGCUCAAAUAUCUCGUCAUUGACGAGAAAUCUAUGAUCUCGCUGAAGACGAUGGGCUUCAUCGAUAACCGCCUGCGUCAGAUCUUCCCCCGCAGCAAUGAGCCAUUCGGGGGGGUCAGUAUUCUGCUGAUGGGCGACUUCUAUCAGCUCCCCCCCGUCAGGGGCAAGCCACUGUACUCCCCGGCUCAGCUAGUUGAGCCGCUAGAGAUUACCGGCCGCAAUGCUUACCAGGCGCUGAAUCAGACCAUUGAACUCACCGUCGCCCAGCGUCAGCGAGGUGCGGAUCAGGAGGCUUUUCGGGCCGCCCUAGAAAGGCCUCAGAAACAACCAGCCAACGAGGAGGUCGCGCUUUUCGAUGAGGCUAUUCGCAUCUUCCCUACGAAUCAGCAAGUCACCAACUACAACCUCGACCACAUGGUCGCCCUCCAGCAGCCUUGCCGCCAAGUCGUCGCCAAGCACACAGGGCUGGGAGCCGAGACAGUGCCCGCCUCCGAUGCUGGGAAUCUCCACUACAAGCUUCCCCUUUGCAUUGGUGCGAGGGUGAUGUUGACGGAGAAUAUCUGGACGCCCGCGGGCCUCGUCAACGGAGCAUUGGGGACCGUCCGCGAUAUUGCCUGGGCAGCAGGCGUAGACUGGAGACAAGAAGCCCCCAACAUCGUCGCCGUUGAGUUUGACAGCUACGAGGGCCCGCCGAUGUGUCCCGCUGGCUUCUCUGUUGAGGGGGCGCCUUCAGGGGGCCGCAUUGUCUGCACCCGCAAGCAGUUUCCUUUGACCAUCGCCUACGCCAUCACCGUCCACAAGUCGCAGGGGAUGACCGUAGAGAAGGCGGUUGUGGAUAUCUCGGAGCGGGACUUCCAGCCGGGGCUUUCGUCGCCCCAGCGGCCAUAUUUCAACCUGACACCCCCAACGUCGUCUCAGCGCCAUAGCGACAGCACCGGUACUGCCAGUCAAUCGCCUACAGCUCCCAGCGACCGCCCGGAACACUUGCUCCGUGUUCUGCCAUCUCUCACCGCAUAA